CACUGUAUACACAUUAGUAACACCCAGCACAUCGAGCGAAUCUAAAAGGAAAAAUAGAUUUAGAUUUUCAAUACAAAUAUUUAUCAACCGAAAUUAUUGUUAACUAUGGAUGAGUUGGCGAGUCAGCAGCCCAAGGUAUACACACGAAAUGUGCUGAAAGCCAUUGCGCUGCUGCAGAAUGGUCAGUCCGUUUAUGUGUCGAAAGAUGAUAUCGUUAUGCAGGUGGCCGAGCAGAUGCGUCGCAAGGCGGACAUGGAUACUGUGAGGGACCAUGUGCUGAAGUCUUUGGGCAAUUUGAUUGAAUUGGGCAUAUUGACCCGGAAUCCUUAUGCCAAUUACAAUUUCUAUGACUUUCCGAGUUGUUCCAAUCUAAACUUGCGUUCUUCGAUUAAGAAGCGAAAUUGCUACACAGGCGGGCGCAAGGCGCGGCAAAGUUAUCGGGCCAGAAAAUCGGCACCUCCGAAGCCCAAGCGCCAAGCGAAAUCGAAAUUUAAGCGUGCUUCCGGUAUACCUGUAGUGUGCAACUGCUGUCGCUCGUGUAUUAUGCCCUUCGUUAAGACCAUUAAUGCAAUCAAAAAUGCGACUUUAUCAACGGAGAAAAUGGACAUCGACGAUCUGCCUCAGAUAAGCAAUGUGGUACCAGAGGAGCAUAAAACUGAAUCAUCAACUAGUACAAGGCGAUACGAGUUUCAGUUUCCAACUGCUAUUGCAUUAACAAACAGUUCAAGUUCGAUCGAACAAAGCAAAUAUAUUUGACUUAACAUUCAAAACUAAAAA